AUUAUAAAACACGGCGAAACACAGUCGGCGACGAACGACUAGCGUAAAAAUAUAUCUCACAAGUCGUUCGUAAGUACCGGAACGUUGCCGGCCUCAUCCCGUUCGUUUUUCUGUGUGCUGCUGGUUGUUUGUAAGUGACGAAAUCGAGUAGAUAUCUGUGAUGCAUACGUCUGUACCUACUACACGGUCCGAAACUGGUGAUUUUUGCGUUGUGUGAACACUGAUCCUGUUUAUUGUUAACGACCGAUGGCUCUGGGUAAUGGGACUACCCCAAACGGGGGUGUCACCCAGGAAAAAGCUCCGGUGGUGAACGGCACGAACAUGGAAACGCUUCCUAGGGCGGAAAAAAAGAGCGAUUCCAACACCUCAUUUCUCCGUGCUGCCAGAGCCGGCCAGCUGGAUAAAAUAAAGGAGUAUUUAGAUACGGGAAUAGUCAAGGAUAUAAAUACUUCGAAUGCUAACGGUUUGAAUGCUCUCCAUCUGGCAGCCAAGGACGGACACAUCGAAAUAGUCCAAGAACUUUUGAAGAGGGGAGCCAUUGUUGAUGCAGCUACAAAGAAAGGAAAUACAGCCUUACACAUAGCUUCUCUUGCUGGUCAAGAGGAAGUUGUAAAAAUAUUGGUUCAAAAUGGCGCUUCUCUCAAUGUUCAAUCACAGAAUGGUUUCACGCCACUCUACAUGGCUGCUCAAGAAAAUCACGAUGGAUGUGUGAAAUUCCUUUUAUCGAAGGGGGCCAAUCAAGCACUAGCUACCGAGGAUGGUUUCACUCCUUUGGCGGUGGCAAUGCAACAAGGUCACGACAAAGUAGUUGCAGUGUUGUUAGAGAACGAUACUAGGGGAAAAGUAAGAUUGCCUGCCCUACAUAUAGCGGCUAAAAAGGACGAUGUCAAGGCAGCUGCACUUCUACUACAGAACGAACACAACCCCGACGUUACCUCCAAGAGUGGAUUCACCCCCCUCCACAUCGCUGCCCACUAUGGAAACGAUAAAGUUGCUUCUCUGUUGUACGACAAGGGAGCAGAUGUAAACUUCACUGCCAAACACAAUAUCACACCACUUCACGUGGCCAGCAAAUGGGGGAAAAUAAACAUGGUGUCGCUUCUAGUGGCCAAGGGAGCUGAUAUACAAGCGAAAACAAGAGACGGUCUAACUCCUCUUCAUUGCGCUGCCAGAUCAGGUCAUGAUCAAGUUGUCGAUAUGCUGCUAGAGAAUGGAGCACCCAUGCACUCAAAAACGAAAAAUGGAUUGGCACCACUUCACAUGGCAGCUCAAGGGGAACACGUAGAUGCAGCAAGAAUUCUCCUUUAUCAUGGUGCUCCAGUUGAUGAAGUCACAGUGGACUACCUGACAGCUCUCCACGUAGCAGCUCACUGUGGUCACGUUAGGGUCGCUAAGUUACUCUUGGAAAGGGGAGCAGAUCCGAAUGCUAGAGCACUGAAUGGAUUCACCCCCCUUCACAUUGCAUGCAAAAAGAACAGGAUCAAGAUGGUGGAGCUUCUGCUGAAACAUGGAGCGAGUAUAAGUGCAACUACGGAGAGUGGUCUCACUCCUCUACACGUCGCUAGUUUUAUGGGAUGCAUGAAUAUAGUAAUUUAUUUGCUACAACACGAUGCUAGUCCAGACAUACCCACAGUACGUGGAGAAACACCUCUCCAUUUGGCAGCUAGAGCAAAUCAGACUGACAUCAUCAGAAUAUUGCUGAGGAAUGGUGCAGCUGUUGAUGCUAAAGCUAGAGAAGAACAGACUCCACUCCAUGUGGCAUCUAGGCUGGGUAAUGUCGAUAUUGUCAUGUUGCUGCUUCAACAUGGAGCCAAACCACAGGCGACCACGAAAGAUCUAUAUACUCCUUUACACAUAGCUGCUAAAGAAGGUCAAGAAGAGGUCGCAUCUGUUCUGCUAGAAAAUGGUGCUGACUUGGCAGCUACGACUAAGAAGGGAUUCACUCCUCUUCAUUUGGCAGCAAAAUAUGGUCAUCUGAAUGUAGCCAGGCUCUUGCUCCAAAGAGAUGCACCUCCUGAUGCUCAAGGCAAGAAUGGUGUAACGCCUUUACAUGUAGCUGCUCAUUACGAUCACCAGCCUGUGGCUUUGCUGUUACUGGAUAAAGGUGCAUCACCACAUGCUAUUGCUAAAAAUGGACAUACGCCUCUUCAUAUCGCUGCUAGGAAAAAUCAGAUGGAUAUCGCAACAACUCUACUGGAGUAUGGUGCUAAAGCCGAUGCCGAAUCUAAGGCUGGAUUCACACCGUUACACUUGAGUGCUCAGGAAGGUCAUUGUGAUAUGUCUUCUCUUCUCCUGGAACAUCAAGGCAAUGCUAACGCAGCAGCUAAGAAUGGUCUCACACCUCUUCACCUUUGUGCUCAAGAAGAUCGGGUACCAGUUGCACAGUUAUUGCUCAGGGCAGGUGCUCAGAAAGAUACCAAAACCAAACAAGGCUACACUCCUCUACAUGUGGCUUGUCACCAUGGUCAUGUGAAUAUGGUUCGACUACUCAUCGAACAAGGUGCCGAUGUGAAUCCAGUGACCAGUGCAGGUUACACUCCUCUGCAUCAGGCUGCUCAGCAGGGUCAUGUGUUGGUUAUAAGUUUGUUGCUGAAGAAUAAGGCCGAUCCUAAUGCUGUGACUAACACUGGCCAGACAGCACUGGGGAUAGCCAACAAAUUAGGAUACAUCAGUGUAGUUGAAGAACUGAAAGUGGUAACAGAAACGGAAAUCACAACAACCACCACAGUGAAUAUAGAGGAGAAAUACAAGGUGGUAGCUCCCGAAGCGAUGCAGGAAACAUUCAUGUCAGACUCAGAAGAUGAAGGCGGCGGAGUGGACGAGCCUCCAGUGGCUUACGGUCGACCCACGCAUGCGCAGCACGUCUAUCUACCCUUCUACCAAGGCAAUAUGACGUAUACACGUGACGACCCCCUUUCUAGCGAUCACCACCAGUACAAGUACAUGACUUUCGAUGACAUGAAAUCGUUAGGAGAUGAUUCGAUGAGACUCGAUGUUACGAACGACGAGAAACACGAAUAUAGAAAUUCCAUGGCUCCAUCACAAGUAAGCAGCGAACUGAUAAUCAACCCAGUGCACGCCAAGGAGUACCAUUCUUCACCUACAGCCCCAGACAAUGUGGAUAUAGUGAAACCUCCAAUCACUGCCGGCUUUCUGGUAUCAUUCCUUGUGGAUGCCAGAGGCGGAGCUAUGCGGGGAUGUAGGCAUUCUGGCGUUAGGGUGAUAGUCCCACCAAAGUGUGCAGGCAGUCCUACACGUAUCACAUGCAGAUAUGUUAGGCCUCAAAGGACACCUCAUCCACCUCCCUUGAUGGAAGGAGAAGCUUUAGCCAGCAGACUGCUUGAACUUGGACCGGUUGGAGCGAAAUUCUUGGGACCAGUAAUUAUCGAAGUUCCUCAUUUCGCUUCACUGAGAGGCAAACAACGAGAAAUUAUCGUUUUGAGAUCGGAAAACGGGGAAACCUGGAAAGAACAUACCUUGGAAGCCAACGAGGAAGCGGUACAAGACGUGCUGAACCACAGUUUCGACGGUGAAGAACUGAGUCAGAUCGAGGACCUGCACACAAAUAGGAUUACUCGUAUUUUAACCAACGAUUUUCCACAUUAUUUUGCCGUUGUGUCCAGAAUUCGACAAGAAAUCCAUGCUAUAGGUCAAGAUGGAGGUACAGUGUCCAGUACCGCUGUUCCCUUGGUGCAAGCUGUAUUUCCACCUAAUGCAUUGACGAAGAAAAUAAGAGUUGGUUUGCAAGCCCAAGCAAUCGAUUCAGAACUUGUAUCUAAGCUACUGGGUCAUGGCGUAGCAAUUUCACCCAUUGUAACCGUCGAACCAAGACGUCGAAAAUUCCACAAGGCGAUCACCUUGAGUCUACCGGCUCCAAGGGCCCAUACUCAAGGCAUGAUCAACCAGUAUUCCGGAUCUGCACCAACACUGAGGUUACUCUGCUCGAUAACAGGUGGACAAAAUAAGGCUAUUUGGGAGGAUGUUACCGGAUCUACGCCUUUGACCUUUGUCAAAGAAUGUGUAUCAUUCACAACUACCGUAUCGGCAAGGUUUUGGCUUAUGGAUUGCAGGAAUGUUUCUGAUGCCGCUAAAAUGGCAACAGAAUUGUACACUCAGUCAACACAUGUUCCCUUCAUGGCGAAUUUCGUUGUUUUUGCCAAAAGAGUGAAUCACUUUGAAUGUAGGAUUCGGGUCUUCUGUAUGACCGACGACAAGGAAGAUAAAACUUUAGAACAUCAAGAACAGUUCACCGAGAUAGCCAAGAGUCGCGACGUGGAGGUUUUGGAAGAGAAAGAUAUAUUCUUGGAAUUCACCGGAAAUCUGGUACCUGUGCUCCAAUCUGGUGAUCAGCUGAAAUUGGGAUUCAAAGCAUUUAGAGAGAACAGACUGGCUUUCACCAUGCGUGUUAAAGAUGUGGAUGAAAAUGCCGCAGGAAGACUGAUUUUCAUGAAUGAUGCAAAAGUGGCCAGAGGAGAGCCCAACCAAACUCCGCUUUGUACUUUAAAUUUAGUUUUACCCAAAGAGGUUCAACCUGAUUCGCAUUCCGAUCUUUUGUCUUUGGAUAAAGACCAUAGCUACCUUCUUCAUGGAGGAAUAAGUAAACCAGAUACGAUACACAGAGCCGACUUCAAACUUUCCGACAUCUGCAAUCUUCUCGAUGAGGACUGGGAGAAAUUAGCUGCAGAACUCGACAUACCACCUUCAGAUAUCGAAAUAAUAAAACAAGAAUACCCCGAAAAUAAACCGCAGCAAGCGAUGAUAAUGUUCAGAUUGUGGCUGAGACAGAAGGCCAAUAAAGCCACAGGAAACCAACUGGAAGUAGCUCUGAGAAAAAUAGGCAGACAAGAUGUGAUCGACCAAUGCAUUUGCAAUGUGGAAUUAGUAACGGACGAUAUGGAGAGGGCCUUGGCCAAAGUGAGGUUGGAUCAGUCUGGUUUCGACGCCCUUCGCGAAGAUAUUGGCUCGAGGGAUUCAUCACUGAAAAGAGACGGCACCUUAGGGUCAGCGAAGCUAGAAGGAAUUAGUAUUUAUGAUGAUUUAGAUAGGAGUGAAAAGUCAGAAGUUGAGACCUAUGCAAUCAAGAAAACUGACAGUGAAACGAAUGGCUAUGUGAAUAUGGAAAUUGUGGAUAAUGGAAUGGAUUCACCGAAUGCUAAUAGAAAAAUUUUCAAAAUCAAAACCGAUCAACUGAAAUCCACACCUGCAGGAAAGAACCGAAAUGAAGAUUACAAUGCCAACACUCCACCUCCCAGUCCUGCCGAUUUCAACCAUCAUAAACAUGCAGGGCAUGAAGUUGAAAGAAUAAACCAGGAGGAACCAGUUUUCUGUUCCACCCCUAAGAAAUCUGUAAUCAUGGACCCGAUAGAAGUCCUCAAAAAAAAUGUAGGAGACACGUUGACUUUCCUCCAUCAAGAGCGAAAUGAUUUCCUACCAGAUGACGACAUUAUCAUACCUAGUCGUAAAGACGAUCAUGUUUCUAAAGUCAUCGAUUUGGACAGUAUCACCACAAAGUCUCCGAAGAAGAACGAAGCUGAUGACCAGGAUAAUUUGAGAAACGAAGUCGAACAACAGCUAUCUGAAGUGAUCAAACAAGCAGAAGACACAGUGAAUGAUAUGAAAUACAAUUUCGAAGAGAAAUCAGAUGAAGACGAUAUGAAGAAUGCAACCGAGGAUACUUUGGAUAACUUGGAAAGCUUGAAGGAAGAUUCCAUUUCCAACGCUCAAGAAAAAAGCGAGGAAGCUUUUAAAUUUUUAGAGAACGAGGCGUCUAGUCCUCUACCUACCAGUAAAAACCUUCCCGAGGAUGUAACCUUCAUUCAGAAAGAAAUAUAUUCUAUAACGAGUGAUCCUGUAGGAUCUACCCCGUCUUCCGAAGAAUCGAUUCCGAUCAAUAUAAGGGAGCAUACUUCAGAACCCAUCGGUUUGUUGGAAAGGAAACAAGACUGUUCGUCGCCUGAGAACGACUUGCUCAGUCGGAUACCGAUCAGUACGAAAGAUGGUAAAGUGAAAACGAUCAAGAAACAUUCUAAGGACCCCCUGAAAGAGUUCGUCAAGCUAUCCCAAGAUUUCAAUUGGGACGAUCAAGGCAAAGAAAUAGUUCAAACAACUGUAGUUACAGAUCCCAUCGUAAAAACAACAGUCACUCGAAUAACAACGAAAGAAGGCGAAUUGCCCGAUGAGUUAUUGAACCAUCAGUUUGUAGAGACUACGGAAAUACUUCCUAAAAGUAAGAUACCAGUGUUGAAAACGGAAACGACUGUAGUAUCCCCGAUUACCUUCGAGGAGACCAGAAUAACUGAAACCAUAACGUCGCCGAUUUCUUUGGUUUCCACCAAGAGCAGUACCAUGGGUUCGGACUCUGAAGAUGACAGUCAUAUGAGUCCACCUUUGAAAGGAGUGUUGAGAAGGGGAGGGGUAGGAAGUUCUAGCGGAUCGGACGUUGCACUCCAUGAAGAGGGAGCCGAAUUGAGUGAGGACGAAUCAGCAUCACAAAAGACCCUAAAGACAUGGCAUGUACUUACCCCUCUAGUAUGGUCACUUGUUGCAUUGGCAACCAGCAUGAUCGUGUUGGCACUACUUGCACAAUCUUGACUAUAUGCGUCACGAGGACAAUAAAAACCUACAGCCAAACAAUUUCAUAUGGGAAAUCGGGACAGUGAAGAUGAUUUUCUGGAUAAAGUAUUUUAUCAACGACGAGUGCAUCAAGGGAUAAUGGUAAAACUAUUUGAUGUAUGAUGUCCAAAUUCCAAUCACAACCUAUUUGAGAUAUCAGAAUACAACAGUUGGUUGAACUGGAUAUAAAUUGUUCAAAAUUUUAUUUUUGCAAUUUUAUAUAUUUUUAUUUAAAAGAAUUGAAAUGAAAAUUGUAAAUUAUGUAUCUACUAAAAUAUUUAUAUAUUAUAUUAUAUAAAAUUAAGUUAUUUCUGGAGAGUAACUUCUGCCGUACUAUAUAAAUUCAAUUAUUAGUCAUUUGCAUAAAUAUUCAAGAGUUAUGUUUGAUUAACUAAAGAAAUAAUUUUUGCAUAAAUAGUGCCUAGUGUAACAUGACUAUUUGAGAGAUUAUUAAUCUAAAAAUUAAUAUAUUAGAAUUGAUAAAGAUUUAUUAUUAUGAACGAUUUUUCAGAGGUACUAAGAUUUCCAUAUUUGUUGAAAUUGGAAUAUUCUAUUAUAGAUUUAAUAUAUUGGUAUUAUAUGUUUGCGCUAUUUUAAAUAAUUAUUGGAAAUAUGUAGAAAGGUUGACUAUUCCUCUUUUCCGAAAUAAAUACAUUGUCAAGUUA